AAUUACGGGUUGAUAGCCUGAAACUAAAAAUUUUGAAUUGUCUAUGUUUCGACUAAGCCAGGUUUCUGUUACAGCAACAACAAGAGGUCUAUCUGACUGUAAGAUGUUUAGGAGUAAAUCAAAUUUUAUCAUCGCCGAGAAUCACAUCGGAUCAUUCGUGAAUUUCUCAUUGGUGAGAGAAAUGUCAACAAUACUCUGAUCGAACCAAAAUCGGAUGAGAUGAGAGCCAAUGAUGAGAAUUGGCUCUAUCUACAUUUGGCUCGAUGUCCAGAAGCGAUACAAAUUUUUCUCGAUUUCAAUGCAGCAUAUUGGUGUCUAGUCCCAAUUCCAAAAGAUACAACUACUUUGAAUAAUUCCAUUAACACAAGCUCCGUUCGAUCAUUAGUGCCGCCGAAUCAAACACGAAAUAACCGCUUAGCAGAACACCUUGCCAAUAGUGUUCCUACAUCACCCUAUGGUUAUACUUUCAAUCAUCAACAAUGGCAAGAACAACAAUCAUUCUUCAAAUAUAGUAUCGAUCUUGAUUCGGACACAUCAUACAAUAUAUUAAAGAUGAACAGUGAUAAUCUCAAUGAAGACAGUACUGGUCAAACUCUCGUAAGUACCGCAGAUCCGUCACUUUACGUUUGUACAAAUGGCAAAGAAGAAGAAGAAGAAGAACAAAAAGAAGAAGAAACAGAUGGCGAUCGUGAUGAAUACAAACAACUCUUUCGGCAGAAAGAAACAAUACAUCGAAUGAUCGAGAUUCGUGAAAAACAAAGUCAAGUUCUGGAGGAAUUAUACAUGUUCGAGGAACGACCAAGUUACAUUCGACCAAAUCAAAGUUGGUUCCGUCCUAUUCGUCAGCGAAAAGAACAAGUUCGACGCGAACAUGAUAUUCUCAUGAGUAAAAUCGUGCCUCAUCUUGUUCGUUAUCAUCAUAUACCACGUAAUGCACCGAUCAUCAAACAGUUUUCUACUCGACUAACGGCUCGUCUCAAUCGUCGCUAUCUAGCACAAUUAUCGUUCGCCGAUGCCAGACGUGCCCGACAAGAGUUAGUGUUAGUCAAAUCUAUUCGACGAAAGUUAAAAAGAGCAAAAUUAAUUCUUCGUGAGACAGACAAGAGUGGCAAUUUUCAUAUUGGUCGAGCGAGUGAUUAUAAGCGAAAAGCAGCAGCCUAUCGAGCAAAGACUGACGCUUAUAUGGAACUUUUCGAUAACCCGCUGUCAGAGCAAGUUUUGCCGAAAUAG